CUAAACAAAGCGCCGAUGUUGACCUCCAUUCAGCUUUUGCUGUGUAAUAUCUGAUUGAGCUGCUUUGCAACACGAUUUACUAAACAGAGUGUAUUUAAAGGUUUAUUUUAAACUCAAAUCACAGCAUGGAAUACUUGAUCGGGAUUCAAGGACCAGACUUUGUUCUGGUUGCAGCAGAUAAUGUAGCCGCCAGCAGUAUAAUCAAGAUGAAACAAGAUUAUGACAAGAUGUUCAAGCUCAGUGAAAAGAUCUUGCUCCUGUGUGUGGGUGAAGCCGGUGAUACGGUACAGUUUGCAGAAUACAUUCAGAAAAAUGUCCAGCUUUACAAAAUGAGAAAUGGAUAUGAGCUCAGCCCAGCAGCUGCUGCAAACUUCACAAGGAAAAACCUUGCAGACUAUCUGAGGAGUCGAACUCCAUACCAUGUGAACCUGCUUCUGGCAGGAUAUGAUGAGACUGAUGGUCCAGGACUGUAUUACAUGGACUACCUGUCAGCACUUGCCAAAGCCCCCUUUGCUGCACAUGGAUACGGUGCCUUCCUCACCCUCUCCAUCCUGGACCGAUACUACAGACCAGAUCUGACUCGUGAAGAGGCCAUGGAUCUGCUGAAAAAAUGUUUAGAGGAGCUCAGCAAACGUUUCAUCCUGAACCUGCCUUCAUUCACUGUCCGUUUGAUCGACAAGGAUGGCAUCCAUGACAUGGAGAAGCUUCCCGUGGGCCCCAAAUGAGCAGCUACUGUUAUUCCCCUCUAGCCACACUCUUUUGUACUGCAAAUUUAACCCUCUGUGCUCCAAUAAAACAUCGACCCCAUGUUAGUUAUAUGCCCCUCUUAUUACGUGUUUCUUUCAUUCUUAAAGGGAUAGUACAGCCAAAGUGAAAAUUCAUGAUGUUCCAAAUAGAAUGUUAUUUUCAGUCACAUUCUUUGCAUGGAAAAAAGAUGCAAUGAAAGAUUCUGCCUAACUUCUUUUGUGUUCCACAGAAGAGAGUCAUUGAAUUUUCAUUUUUGUCUGAACUAUCCCUUUAACGAGUUCAGCAUUAUGUAUUUUCUUUAGAUUAAAUUUGAUUUUGUAGAUUGAACCACUGCUUGCACUUUGCCAUACAAAAACCAUCUCUGAAGUUUUUUAGAUCUGAGUAAAGAAGUAGUAAAGUAGUGGUGUAGUAAAGAAGUACUCCACAAUCAGAGAUGUGCACUUAUGCUAUCUUUGGCUGUGUACUUGUUUCCACACUCCUUUUGUACACAAGUGUUUUUACACUUGAUUCGUGUUCAUUUGCGUGCACUCUCUCUCCCCUCCACAUACAGGUGAUUAAUAAACAUUAAACAAUCCCUCUAUCCUGAACACACCGGAAUCUUAAGGGGCGAGCAGCAUAUGUUUGCCUGCAGGCAGAGAGAAAUGCAGAGCAGCCCUGCUGAGUGUCAGUGAGAUGAAGGGAGGGAGGGGGAUCAUGGAGAGGGGGAGCAGGGAAUUGACACUCAGGAUGGUAUGUGUGUUUGUGUGUGAGAGAGCCGGCAGGGGGGCAGGUAUGGAGAUGUAGGCCCCUAAGCAGACGAAGAAAAGUAGAGUGACAGAUGGGGUGAGAGGAGACUGAAACGGUAAAAGAGACUAGCAACUGUUUAGAUGCAUUCGGCAACUGUAGUGAUUGUCGAACCCCUGGGGGUAAGUGGUGUG